UUGGAGUUUACUCAGAAUUCAUUCACUUCUUUGUUUUUUUUUUCUCCCUUCUCCUCACGUUUGAUUAGCCAUGGCUGCCGCAUCUGCAACCGCCAUUCAUCGGAAUCAGGUUGAUCUGUCCGACUUCAUUAACUGGUCUGGUAUCGAGUGCCUUAACCAGAAUUUCAGUCACACUUUUACAAAUGCUCUUAGCCAGACUUGUAGGGAUAAUGAUAGCUUGCUUUUGGAGAGUGAUGCGGAUGAGCAGAUUUUAAUGUACAUACCUUUUAACCAAGUCAUUAAAUUGCAUUCCUUGGUCAUCAAGGGACCUGAAGAGGAAGGCCCUAGGACUGUAAAGCUUUUCUCAAACAAGGAGAAUAUGGGAUUUGGCAACGUCAAUGACUACCCUCCAAGUGACACGAUUGUACUUUCCCCAGAUAAUCUUACGGGAAAGCCAGAAGUUGUAAAGUACGUGAAAUUUCAAAAUGUUCGCAGCUUGACAAUUUUUAUAGAGGACAACCAAUCUGGUGCUGAUACUACAAAAGUUCAAAAGAUUGCCUUGUAUGGAACAACGGUUGAAACAACAGACAUGAAGGGUCUGAAGAAGAUCGAGGACCACUGAAUGCAACAAGACACGAAUCAAAGAUUGUGAGUAAUUGAUAUCAAAGAUCAAUUUGCUUUGAAGAUAAGAACCAACUUAUAAUAGAUUUCGAUGUCAUAUCCUGGAAUUUUGAUGAGUUACAUCUGUUUAUUUGAUGGCGAUGCGUAGUUCAUUCAAUAUUUCACAUCUUUGCACAUUAUUUUAGGUAAUUUGAUGGUGAUAAAUUCUCUGACUCUUAGCUCUGCUUGGACAUGGUUGAGAAUACAAGGGGCAUAUUGGUUUAUGUAUGGUGCUCAAACUUAUGAGUUAUUUGUUCUCAUUAAGGUUGAUCCAACCAUACUAAUGAAUGACCCUUUAAGA